UUCUUUGUUUAAAAGUGAUUCUGUAAUGAAAAAUACUCUGAUCCACACUCAACAGGGAAUAUCUGCUGUUGUUUCACUGCUGCCUCGUGUGGUCACUUUGUAUAAUGUGAUCACAGAUGGACAACACACCACUGCACACAAUAAUGUGUCCUCAGCCUUUAGCCUUAGUGAACAGAGGGCAGCCAAAGUUUAGCGCCUGGGGAGCGUUGUGGGAACAGUGACAUGCUCAGUGCACCUCAGUGGGACCUAGUGGGUAGGUGUCAGUAAAUUUCACAAAUUGAAACCGCCCUGUAAUUAAAGGGAUGAAAAACUAUAUUUACGGUUUGUUUAAAAAAACGCCUUUAAAAGGUGAACGAAGAAAAAAAAAUCAAACGAUUUUCCAAAAAAUACAGAAAGAUACAGAAACGAUAAAAGACAGUUUAAUGUAGAUACAUUUGGGAUUUUUAAAGUUUCACAUUUCCGCUCCUUGCUUGAAUUUAUUUGUAAAAUGUAAGUCUUUAAUUUUCAUCUUUGAAAAUAAAGACACGGACCGUAUCCUGGUGUUAGUGAUGAAACUUCCGGUUUAGAGUUGCCCUAGAAACCGUAAAGGCGAGACGCGUUUGAUUUUCUCAGCAUUUCUGGGAAAGUUUGACACAUUUCUGAGCGGUUGCGCGACGCACAUUCUCUUUUACAAGUAACUUUGUAAGUUUGGAUGUUCAGCAGUCGGAAAAAUUAGAUAACAUUUGUGUGAACGUCGUUUAAACCGUUGUUUUCGCUCUGGGAUGCCAAGCAGCUAACGUUUGCCUAUUUAGCUUCACUAUUUAGCUCCGCUGUGUGAGGCUAACCGGAAAGCGGUAUAGCGUUAUUAUUUCUAUGGAGAAGUUUGAGCGGCGUAAGGAAGUCAGUUUGUUAAGGAACCAGCCGUAUGACGAGAGUCUGGAGCAUCCCUCUCAGUCUAGAAGAAGUCGUGGUGUUCGUGGCCUGAUGUCGGGAAACAGCAGCAGUGAUGAGUUUGAUGAUGACCACAGGCCCCAGAGAGCCAAAGAGCUGGUUAGCGGGCAACCCGGGGCUAGUCCUAACGAAGAGGAGGAAGAUGAUGAAGAAGAUGAUGACUCUGAGGAGGAAGAUUCAGACGACGACGAUGCUGGGCCUGCUCCAGAGGGAGUUUAUGAUCCAGCGGACUAUGCUAACCUUCCUGUUAGCACUGAGAUUAAAGAGCUGUUUCAGUACAUCAUACGGUACACGCCUCAGGUCAUUGAGCUGGACCACAGUCUAAAACCCUUCAUCCCAGACUUUAUCCCAGCUGUGGGCGAUAUCGAUGCUUUCCUUAAAGUUCCAAGGCCUGACAAUAAACCUGAUGGUCUGGGUCUGAUGGUUCUGGACGAGCCCAGUGUGAAACAAUCGGACCCCACUGUGAUGUCACUCUGGUUAUCAGAAGAAACCAAACAGCAUGGAGCCACAGAGAUCAAAAAAGUCACUAGCGUGGCUAGUCCUCAGUCCAACCCUCGGGCCGUGGACAGCUGGGUGGAGAGCAUCAGUGCACUGCAUCUCUCCAAACCGGCAGCCAGUGUCCAUUACAGCCGGCCCAUGCCUGACCUGGACUCCCUGAUGCAGGAGUGGCCACCGGAGCUGGAGGAACUGCUGGGUCGAGCCCAGCUGCCUGCUGCCAGACUGAACUGCUCUCUGCAGGAGUACGUGGACAUAGUCUGCUCCUUGCUGGACAUUCCUGUAUACAACAGCAGAGUGCAGUCUUUGCACCUGCUUUUCAGCUUAUACCUGGAGUCCAGAGACUGGCAGCAUCUGACCAGACGGGGGCACUCAUGAGGCUACGCUGUCUUUGUAAAAAAGUUUAAAAUGUUCUUUAUUAUAUUAUUACUCUGUGUUUGUGUAACUAUAAGGAGGCGGAGGAAUUCAAAUUUAAUUCAACAUAGAAGUGCUGCAGAACUGAAUGGGAGUUAAUACCAUAAUAUGGUCACACAGGCAACGAUUAGACAAUUAGAAAGCUUUAAUUAAGAUUUAACUGAUUUCUGGGUUAUGAUAAAAAAGUUAUUACUUACUGAUAUUUGAGAAAUUUUAAGAUGUUUAACAAUAAUUACCAAAGAAAUAACAAAGGAUACAUAUAUAUACAUAUAUAUUGAAAUGCUUUUGUGCAAAAUGGCGAUGAAGACGUGACCAAAAUAAGUAAAAAAGUCUAAUUACGUGAUAUAGUGGACGUUAUGAUAUAUAUUUAAUUAAUUACAUUUCCCAGAAUGCACUGCGCGGUCAUCAUAUCUCAUUGUCCCUUUCCAACAUGGCGGCCUCUGGCUGCGUCUUCCACCGAACCCUAACCCGGGUCAGAACCGGAGCCCGCCAUCAUAAAAGAAACCAGGUCUGGUAGUGUCACACACGGAUUCGUUUGGCCUCCACUAAACCCCGACAAUCCGCCAUUUUCUUUUCUUUCUUUAAACACCAGCUACGACGCGGUAUUCCAAAAUAUUAAACACCACACAUAAGCACGAUAUUUAAAAAUGUGUCUUAACGAACUCAUGAAUGUCGGAGACAAAAACUGAAUUUUCCAGAUUUUAAAAUGGUUCAUUUUACUGUGUGCUUGCGCAUGUUGCUUAGAUUUUGCAUGUAACACAAUAAUAAUAAAAACAGCCGUAAACUAAA